AUGGCGGCGGCGGCGCCGGGAGCGGAGAGACGCAGCGGCGGCGCUGGCCCCGCCCCCUGCGCGCGGCACGUACCACCGCGCCCUCCCCCCCGCGCCCGCUCCCGCGGUCUCGCCGCAGCCCGGAACGCGUUUGUGGGAACGCCCGAUCCCCGCGGGCCGAGCCCCCUGGGGUGUCAGGGCCCCCCGAGCGCCCUGGGGUGCUGGGGUGACCCCGCUGUCCCCCCAGCCGAGCUCUCGAGCCUGCUGGGGCGCAGCAUCAGCUACGAGGUGCCGGCGCUGCGGCGGCAGCGGGGCCGCUGGCAGCAGGCGCAGCAGGAGCUGGCGCGGCGCGAGGACGAGUGCCAGCUGCGGGCGGGCGAGCUCCGCGAGCGCUUCCUCAGCUCCUGCCGCCAGUACGGCAUCGCCGGCGAGGACGUGCGCCGGGAGCUGCUGGCCCAGGUGCAGGCGCUGCCGUCGCUGCUGUCCCGCGUCGGGGACGGCGCCAGCGCCCUCGGGGACGCCAUCGAGCUGUACCAGGCCUGCGUGGCCUUCGUGUGUGACAGCCCCGGGGCCGAGGCGCUGCCGCUGCUGCGGCUGGUGGCGGCGCACGGGAACUGCUCGGUGUUCCGGUGGCGCACGGGGCAGGAGCCGCGGCGGCUGGAGCGGCCCGAGCCGCCCGAGGCACCGGAGCCGGCCCGCCAGGACACGAUUGACUGGGGGGAUUUCCCCGCGGAGCCGCCCCAGGCCGGGGACAUCGACUGGGGCAUCACCGUGCAGCCCGGGCCCCAGGGGGACGGUGGCAUCGAUUGGGGUGAUGGAGAGAAGGGACAGGAGGGGACAACAGCAGAGCCCAGCUCCCAGGGGGACGAUGGCAUCGAUUGGGGUGACGGAGAGCAGGGACAGGAGGGGACAAUCACAGCAGAGCCCAGCCCCCAGGGGGACGAUGACAUCGACUGGGGCGACGGAGAGCAGGGACAGGAGGGGACGAUCACGGUGGUGGAGUCUGGAACUGAGGCCCCCGAGGGCGUUGCCCGCGGCUCGGACGCGCUGACCGUGCUGGAGAACCCCGAGACUCGGAACCAGUUCAUCGACGAGCUGAUGGAGCUGGAGCUGUUCCUGGCGCAGCGGCUGCUGGAGCUGGAGGACGAGGCCGACGUGGUGGCCAUGAGCCAGCUGCAGCUGGCGCCGGCCGUGCUGCAGGGCCAGAGCGGCGCGCGGCUGCGGGCGCAGCUGGCCACGGCGCGGGAGCUGCUGGCCCAGCUCUGCUCCCGCAGCGUGCAGCACCUCUGCAUGAUCCUCGCCUCGCCCAGGUACGUGGAGCGGGUGACAGCCCUGCUGCGGCAGCAGCUGCUGCAGGCCGAGCUGCAGCUGGCCAAGAGGGAGGCGCUGGGGCAGCGGCGCCGCCAGGCCCUGGCCGAGCAGGCGGCGCUGGAGCCGCGGCUGCAGCAGCUGCAAGAGAGCACCAGGGAGCUGCAGCGGCUGAUCGAGGCCGACAUCUCCAAGCGCUACGGGGGACGCCCGGUGAACCUGAUGGGCAUCAACCUGUGACACCUGGGGACAUCAAACUGGGACACCUGGGGACAGCGACCUGUGACACCUGGGGACAUCUACCUGGGACACCUGGGGACAGCGACCUGUGACACCUGGGGACAUCAGCCUGGGACACCUGGGGACAUCAAACUGGGACACCUGGGGACAUCAAACUGGGACACCGGGGGCCAUCAAACUGGGACACCUGGGGACAUCGACCUGUGACACCUGGGGACAUCAACCUGGGACACCUGGGGACAUCAGCCUGGGACACCUGGGGACAUCAACCUGGGACACCUGGGGACAUCAAACUGGGACACCUGGGGACAUCGACCUGUGACACCUGGGGACAUCAGCCUGGGACACCUGGGGACAUCGACCUGGGACACCUGGGGACAUCAGCCUGGGACACCUGGGGACAUCAACCUGGGACACCUGGGGACAUCAGCCUGGGACACCUGGGGACAUCGACCUGGGACACCUGGGGACAUCAGCCUGGGACACCUGGGGACAUCGACCUGUGACACCCAGGGACAUCAGCCUGGGACACCUGGGGACAUCGACCUGUGACACCUGGGGACAUCAAACUGGGACACCUGGGGACAGUGACCUGUGACACCUGGGGACAUCAAACUGGGACACCUGGGAACAUUGACCUGUGACACCUGGGGACAUCAAACUGGGACACCUGGGGACAGCGACCUGUGACACCUGGGGACAUCAAACUGGGACACCUGGGGACAUCGACCUGGGACACCUGGGGACAUCAGCCUGGGACACCUGGGGACAUCAACCUGUGACACCUGGGGACAUUGACCUGUGACACCUGGGGACAGCGACCUGUGACACCUGGGGACAUCAAACUGGGACACCUGGGGACAUUGACCUGUGACACCUGGGGACAUCAGCCUGGGACACCUGGGGACAUCAAACUGGGACACCUGGGGACAUCAAACUGGGACACCUGGGGACAUCGACCUGUGACACCUGGGGACAUCAAACUGGGACACCUGGGGACAUUGAGCUGUGACACCGGGGACAUCAGCCUGGGACACCUGGGGACAUCAGCCUGGGACACCUGGGGACAUUGACCUGUGACACCUGGGGACAGCGAGCUGUGACCCCUAAAGGACAUCAGCCUGUGACACCCAGGGGACACGGGGGGUCCCCAGCGGGUCCCGCCCCCCCAGCCCCCCCGGGGGUGCUGCGGGCUUUGGGGGUGUCAGUGAAUAAACCCGAAUUUUGUGUCA